AUGAAGAGGUUUUUGGUUCUUCUGCUGAUCAUCCUGAAGGAAGCUCGCCCGACCGCAGCCCACAGCUGUAGCUGUUCAUCAGACUUUUGUUGGUGCGGCAACAGAGUCCUCACCAGUGUUCCUCAGGACCUGCCGACAGACAUCACUACCCUCUACGUGACUCACAACUCCAUCACAACCUUAAACCAGUCCGACUUCUCCAGUACCGACACCGGAACCUUCAACACCACCCCGCAGCUUCGCGAGCUUCUUCUUCAGAACAACAUCAGAUGGCGCCAGCUGUCCCACCUGAUGCGCUUGGUCGGCGCACCUGGGCGACAGGUGUAG